CUCAGCUUUUUCUCCAUUCUCCAGCCAUUAUAUAAACCUCUCCUUCACCUCCACUCUCUCUCUCAAAUCGUGUAUCAAUCGUUUUCCCCCUCUCUUAAAUCGUGUAUCAAUCUGUACACAUAUACAUAUUCACCGAUAUAUUCGAAGUCUGAUAAACUCGGAUGCACCUCAUUGUCGAAUCUUUGCUCAAAAUCCAAGCUCUCUCUAUAAUAAAAAAAAACGUCUCUUUAAUUAAAGGUAUGUAGGCUCUGUUCGUUCGAUCAAUUUGAUAAAGAAGUGGAGAAAUCGAGUUUAUUGGUAGAACUAAGUUGAGUUGGCAAUCGGGAUUGGUUUUUGAGGGUUUUGAAGGUCUGAUUCUAGGUUUUAGGGUUUUUAGCGAGUAAUGGAUGAUCUGGAAAAGGCCAUUCUGAUAAGCUUUGAUGAAUCCGGUACGAUUAAUUCGGUGCUAAAAGAACAAGCAGCUGCCUUUAUUCAGCAAGUUAAGGAUAGGCCGUCAAUUUGUAGCAUUUGUAUAGAAAAGUUUUGUGUUUCGAACCUAGUGGAGGUUAAGUUUUGGUGUUUGCAGUGCCUCCAUGAGAUUCUUCGAGUUAGGUACCCUUCAAUGUCAUUGGAGGAGAAGGAUUUGAUUCGGAAAUCCGUGUUUUCGAUGGCGUGUGGAGAACCUGUCCAUGCCAAUGACACUAAUGCGGCGAGGAUUUUCGAGAGCCCUUCGUUUGUAAAGAAUAAGCUUUCUCAGGUUUUUGUGACAUUGAUUAGUUAUGAGUAUCCGGAAAUCUGGCAAUCUGUUUUUGUUGAUUUCUUGCAUAAACUGAGUAAAGGAGCUGCUGUGAUUGAUAUGUUUUGUCGAGUUUUGAAUGUGAUGGAUGAUGAGUUAAUUAGCUUGGAUUAUCCGCGCAGUGGGGAUGAUGUGGCUAAGGCGGGAAGGAUUAAGGAUGCAAUGAGGGUGCAGUGCGUGCCUCAGAUGGUUAUAGCGUGGUAUGACAUUGUUUCGAUGUAUAAGAAUUCAGAGCCUGACCUAUGUUCUAGUGUUUUGAAUUCUAUGAGCAAGUACGUUUCGUGGAUUGACAUAGGGUUGAUAGCUAAUGAUGCAUUUACUCGGUUGCUGUUUGAACUUAUGUUGGUGGAUGGGUUAGCAGAUCAGCUCCGAGCUGCUGCGUCUGGUGCUGUUCUUGCGGUGGUAUCAAAAAGGAUGGAGUAUAAAUCAAAGCUUGCUCUUUUGCAAGGCCUUCAGAUAUCUAGGGUAUUUAGGUUGGUUACGGAUGAUAGUGGCUCGGAGUUGGCUUCUGGUGUGGCUUCUUUGCUCACAGGGUAUGCAGUUGAAGUUUUGGAAUGUUCUAAGCAUUUGAAACCAGAGGAUGGUAAAGAAGUUGCUGUAGAACUUCUGAAUGAGGUUUUGCCAUCAGUUUUCAAUAUUAUCCAGAAUGGCGAAGUCGAUUCAUCAUUUAGCAUUGUGCACUUUCUCUCAGUUUAUGUUGGUACAAUGAAGAACUCCACAUUGACAGACCGACAGCUGCUUCAUUUAAGCCAAAUACUGGAAGAGAUUCGAAUGCAGAUUCAAUUUGAUCCCAUGUAUCGAAAUAAUCUGGACAUACUGGACAAGAUUGGACAGCAAGAAGCAGAUAGGAUGGCGGAGUUUCGGAAGGAUUUGUUUGUAUUGUUCCGAAAUGUUGGCCGUGUUGCAUCGGAUCUUACUCAGGUGUUCAUAAAAAACUCACUGGGUAAUUCUAUGUCAUCCACAGAAGAUAGAAAUGUUGAAGAAGUUGAGGCUUCUCUUUCCUUAUUAUAUGCGCUCGGCGAAUCAUUAAAUGAUGAUGCUAUGAGGGUGGGUAAUGGUCUACUUGGUGAAUUGAUACCAAUGCUGUUAUCAACGCGAUUUCCUUGCCACUCCAAUAGGCUCGUUGCGCAUGUGUAUUUGGAUAUAAUAACAAGAUACGUGAAGUUUGUAUCAGAGAAUACACAAUAUAUUCCAAUUGCACUGCGUGCCUUUCUUGAUGAGAGAGGUAUACACCAUCCAAAUGUGAAUGUCAGCAGAAGGGCGAGUUAUCUCUUCAUGAGGGUUGUGAAAUUGCUAAAAGCAAAGCUUGUGCCUUACAUUGAGACGAUCUUGCAGAGCCUACAGGAUACAGUUGCCCAAUUCACAAGAAUGGGCAGGGUCUCAAACGAUGUUUCAGUAUCUGAAGAUGGAAGUCACAUUUUUGAGGCAAUUGGCUUGUUAAUUGGGAUGGAAGAUGUACCCCUUGAGAAACAGUCUGAUUAUCUCUCGUCAUUGCUGACUCCUCUUUGCCAGCAGGUUGAGGUGGCCCUCUUAAAUGCUAAGCCUCAGCAUCCUGAAGAGUCUCUUCUGCAGAUUGAAAAUAUGCAGCAAACAGUUAUGGCUAUUAAUGCCCUUAGCAAGGGCUUCAGUCAGCGUCUGGUAACUACCACCCGCCCUGGAAUUGGUCUCAUGUUCAAAAAGACUUUGGAUAUCCUCCUGCAAAUUCUUGUUGUCUUCCCGAAGGUAGAGCCCCUGCGAAGUAAGGUUACAUCUUUCAUUCAUCGUAUGGUCGACAUUCUAGGACCUUCUAUAUUUCCUUAUCUUCCAAAUGCACUGGGCCAGUUGCUAAUAGAAAGUGAGCCCAAGGAACUGGUGGGUUUUCUUGUACUUCUGAAUCAGCUCAUCUGCAAAUUUGCUACCGAAGCCCAUGACAUCUUGGAAGCUGUGUACCCUGUUAUUGCUAGUAGGGUAUUCAGUAUUCUCCCAAGGAAUGAUAUUCAGUCAGGGCCAGGCAGCUGCGGUGAGGAAAUUCGCGAAUUGCAAGAGCUUCAAAAAACAUUCUUUAUAUUUCUAAAUGUAAUUGCUACACACGAGCUUUCGUCAGUCUUCUUGUCCCCUAAAUGUGCUCCGCACCUUGAGUUGAUGAUGCAUUUGCUGUUACAUAAUUCUUGCAAUCAUAAGGAUAUCAAUAUUAGAAAGGCAUGUGUUCAAGUAUUCAUUAGGCUAAUCAAGGAUUGGUGCUCUGGUCCUUAUGGCAAAGAAUCGGUGCCUGGUUUUCAGAAGUUCAUAAUCGAGACAUUUGCAGUCAAUUGUUGCCUGUACAGUGUGCUUGAUAAAUCCUUUGAGUUUCGUGAUGCAAAUACUGUCCUCUUAUUUGGUGAAAUAGUAACUGCCCAAAAGGUCAUGUAUGAGAAAUUUGGCAAUGAUUUUCUUCUUCAAUUCGUAUCAAAGUGUUUUCCAAGUAUACAUUGCCCCCAAGACUUGGCCGAACAGUAUUGUCAAACGCUGCAGACGUCGCUGUUCAAUAUUUAUCCAUCAAAGAUCUCUUUUCGUGUACAUAUCAUUCGUUGGUCACCAUGGAUGGUGGAGAUCCGUGGAUGUUCGUUAUUUCCAUGUGACUUCAGUUUUGUUUCGUUCACAUCAUCUAAGGGAGAGUAUCAGCAAAGAACGCCCUCAAGAAGGCGAUGCCUCUGGACCUCAGGUUAUAGCUUCCAUAUAAUGAGGAAAUAGUAGAUUCGGUUUUUAAAACUCUACAUUCCCUUUAACUUUCUUUGCCCGUCCCUGCCUCAGGUGAGGCAAGUGUGAAAAUGAGCAGAUUUUGUUUUCAUCAACAGUCUUUAUAAAAUAUUUCCCGUUACACGA